UGAUUAAUAAACAAGAACUUAUUUAUUUACAACCCACUAGAGAAAAUUUACAUUGUUCUCAAUUGUCAACAGAACAGCUGUCAGUUAAUAAUAAAGCAAAAACAACAUAUAAUACUCUUCUAAACGCUCCCUUUUUCCGUUUAAGAGAGUAAAUAAAUUAUGUAGGAGGUUCACAUAUCUGCAUACAAGUUUUAAAUACAUUUUUAAUUUGAAAAUUUAUUAGAAAUUAUUUAAACUUAGUUUAAUCGUUUUUUUGUGGCUUGAAUGUUAUUAUAUAAAUAAUGGGAUUCAGAAUAAUUUAAUUAAUUGCCUUUGAUAAGAUGGUCGGCAUUUUUCGUACGGUACUAUGCAAGAGUUAAUACGGCGCAGUUAUCAGCUGUAUUUUGAGUGGAUUGUUAAUGACUCGUAAACGUCAUUAGUAGUUUUAUUGUAUUUAUUUACAAAAAUUAGUAGCAACAAUAGUCUUGCGCUGCUUUUUGAAAAAAUUUUGAGCUAAAAUGUUAUUAAAUUUAAAAACAGAUCAACGGAGACAUUUAGAAUUAUUACGCGAUCGUCGUUCGGAAGAUGUUGUGGAGCUUUGCAAGGCAGCAUUUGAGUACUUGUCUCUUGGCCCGAAUACUCAACGUUAUCAACAUCUUGCUGAAAAAUAUUCUACAGAUACAGGUGUGGUGCAACAUGCAGUUGAGGCACUUAUUGCCUUACUCAUUAAUGCCACUAAAGGGAAUACUAGUGAGUUCGACCUGCAAAGUUUACAACAGGAGGAAGGCUAUAGUAAUGACGUCAUGCAAGUGUUGUCGCAAUUUGUGAGCAGCAAACGACAUUUCGUUGAAGGAUCAAUCAAGUCUGCUAAUAUUCGAGCGUAUCGUUUGGUUAAUAUUGAAUGGCGUUUGGAGGUGCGUUUAGCUACACGAAGCCUCUUGCGGCAAAGUAGUAUACGAGUAACAAUGAAGUUAUAUUUACACACCGAACCAAAAAACGAAAACAGAGACCUUCUCGAAGAUGGUGGAGGUCAGGCGAUACAUUCGGAUGAAAGACGAAAUCGCAAGGACUUAUUGGUGCAAACCGAUCUGAGUAGUUUAGUCCAUAUAAUACAAGUAUUAGAAACAGCUCUUUAUGAAUCGAAGAGUAGACGUAUACGUAACAUCGUUAGUGGAAUUCAUUGAUAAAGCUAAUAUUGCUAAUAUAACAACUUUAAAACUAUUUUAUUAAAAUUAAAAUCUACUGUAAUAAACAGAUAUAUCUUUACUA